AUGCAGCAGGUGGAGCUCGCCAUGCACCGUGCUUUCAUUGAGGACCUGCAAAAGAAGGUGGAUCCUGAUCAAGCAGAAGCCUCGAUGAUACAGCAAACUUCGGACGACAGAGUGCAGGAAGCCCACGGCAUCUUGAAAAGGGUGGUCCAGAAGCACGCACACCAGCGCCAGCACCGGGAGUACCAUCCGGAGGUCCCGAAGAAGCAUCCCGAGGAGGGCCCGGCGUCCACCUCCCCUCCUGGACACCAGAGGUCCCUGCUCCAGAGGCGAAAUCGCGACACAGCGGGCCGCGGAAUAAUAAAAAGUAUUGGAAGCGGCUUGAAGCAAGGCUACGACUAUGCCAAAAAAACAGGCGGGAAAGUCUACAAAGGCUUGUCAGAACAGGCCUCCAGGCAAGUUGACAACGCUGUCAAAAGCUUGGAUGGCGAUGGGCUCACCGGUGGGGCUCUGGCCGAAACCUACAGACAAGUCAAGGCAGCAGGGAAUACCGCGCAGUUCAUGGCCAACACUGCAAUCUCCACCGUGGAGAUGGCCGUGACGAUCCUGACACAAGGCUUCAGCGAUUGGGAUGCGGAUUGCACGAAUGCAAUUCCAAGCAUUGGCGUGGAAGGCUCCAACCUCUACGUCAACUUCGGUCACAACAGCUGCACGGUCUCCCUCAUGAGUCAAAGAAUCACUCUUUUCGACUGGAACUGGGGCAAGAAGACCGUACCCGUGGGCAACCUGCUGAACCUGAUGCCUCAACAGCUUAAGAACCUGGCUGACGCUAACCUCGCCCCGAGUACUUUGCUGAACCUGAUGCCUCAGCAGCUUCGGAACCUGGCUAACGCUAACCUCGCCCCGAGUGCUUCUUGCACCAAUGUUGCUCCAACAAUUGGCGUGGAAGGGAACGAUAUCUACGUCAACUUUGGGCACAAUUCCUGCUCGGUCACCUUGAUGGGUCGAACAACCUCGCUUUUCAAUUGGAAUUGGGGCAGGAAAUCAGUCAACUUGCCCGUGCUGAGCAUGCUGCCCGAACAGGUCAGGACCCUUGCCAACGCUCCCGUGGCCGUGAUCAACUCGCAGAUUACCUUUGCAACGGGAAUCUCGAACUGCAUCAAUGCGGACCAACCUCUUGGCCUCAUCGAGUGCCUCGGCUACAAGAUCAUUGAGCGAGUUCCCCCCCUGAGCUACCUGAACAAAAUGAGCGACAUCCUCACCGAGGUCAUCGAGGUUUUCGCCAGGAUCGCCGCUACAGUUGUGGAGAAGGCCAUGGAGAAAGGCCCCUCCUUGGUGCAAGUGGCAGCCACAGGCAAGUUCCCUGCCGCUGGAGAGCCUGCCUUGCUGCACCACAAGACCAAUAACCUCAUCAUCGAGUCGCACACAAGGCAGCUCCUCCCUCGAGAGAUGGCCGCCAUUCAAAAAGAUGUCCGGCAUUCAGAGGCUGGCGACGACCCCGACGGUGCUAUCACCUUCGACAUGGGCAGCAGCAACGAUGUCCACGCCACAAAGCUUAUCACCCAGUUCGAGGGCAGGGAGACGGACACCAGCUCUUGCCUGGCCUUUGCCCCCAAAAACCGGGCGGGGAGCGGCGUGAGCCAAGCCGAUUGGAAGGUUGGCAACCAGAACGACUUCCUUCAGCUGGAACCUUGGGCCGUUCCCUGCGACAACACGUGGAUGAAGGACAACUGGAACAGAUGGCAAGGAUACACGUUCUAUACCCAACCAUCGGCUGUCGAGAAGUGCGUGACCGUGACCUUCAAUCUCGGAAUGCAGCCCGUCGUGGCCUUCGUCGGGGGCUUGCAGUUUGAGAUCUUGCCGGCACCUCUUUUCGAGCUGGCCACGACCGUCUGCUGGCCGAGCCAGCAACCGGGAGGAGUCGACUUGAGCGUGCUGCGCUCCGAGGUGAAGUCCGCGGGCAUCCUGCUCUUCAGCCGCACCUUGCGCCUGACGAAGCGCUUCGGGGGCGGCACGGACUUCAUUCCCUCGAACGCCCGUGGUGGCUACUCCACCUGGCGGAGCAGUGCAGGCAUCGCUGAAGGGGAGACCACGGUGCCCAAGGACCAGAUCAGCCGCACCUCCUUCCUGGAGACCAACCAGAACCAGAGCCAGGAAGAAGAGGAGGUGGAGGGGGAGGAAGGGGGCGAAUCUCUGUGGAAGACGGACUCGGAGGACCUCUACCUGGCGUCCGUGGACUACGGCGAGAACCUGAACACCUCGGUGAACAAGACCUUCGAGGCCUACGGCCAGGAGGCUGCCAUGAAGGCGGGGGAGGACGUCUUCAGGCUCUUCCGCUUCAGGAACCCCGGCCUGGUGAACUUCAAGGUCGAAGGUCUCAUGAACGGCAACAGCCUGGAGCUGGGCAUGGAGAUGGGCUUCGGCCCCUACAAGAGCCCUCCAAGGAGGAUCCCUUUGGUUAACAUCGCCCACCAGUUCUCCAUCAUCCUCGCUGGCAUCCCCUUCGUGUCCAGCCGAAGCAAGCUCAAGGCCAUCGACGCGCUCCGGGAUUUCUCCAUGCAGGACGUCAGCAAGGCACAGGGCCUGCCCCUGAAGCCGGGAUCCCUCGUUGCCAUCUACAGUCCUCACUGGCAACGCUUCUUGCACAUCAACGGCGGUGCACACCUUGGGGUGACCGCGGAGAUGAAGGGCCACGGCAUCCCCGAUCACUGGACCUGGGAGCGGUUCACUGUUGUGGACGCCGGGAACGGGGAGAUCGCGUUGCAUUGUGCCAUUCACAACCGCUUCGUGGGCGUCGGUGGCGUGAGCCCAAAGCGGAAUGUACAUGAGUUGCCCCACGACUGGGGUUCUGAGCGUUUCACGGUGGUGGAGGCCGGCAAUGGUGCGGUCGGCUUCUACAACAGGGCUCACAAUAGGUUCUUGCAAAUGACCGCACAUGGUGCUGGACACAGUGAUCAUCCACCGAACCCUGGAAAGCUACCAUCCGACUGGACCUGGCAGCACUUCCGCGUCGUGCCAGCUGAGAAACUCUUGGUUCCAGGUUCCACAAUCGCUCUGCACAGCCAGAUCCAGAAUCACUACGUGACCAUGCAUGGGGGAAGCCUAGAGCGAAGUCCCGAAAGAACGGCCGAGGAAGUCCCCCCAGACUGGUGGACUUGGCAGCGGUUCACCGUGGUGGAUGCAGGACAUCGGCAGAUUGCCUUGCACAACAGUAUCCACAAUCGCUUCGUAGGAGUCGGUGCCGUAAGCCCUCACAGGUUGGUGGAUCAACUUCCUAGUGACUGGGCUUCCGAGAGGUGGGACGUGUGGCCAGCUGGCAAUGGCCAAAUCGUCCUUCACAACAGACACCACAACAAGAUGCUUCGCAUGUCAGGUCACACUGUGGAUGCCAGUCAUCCAAAGGAUCCAAAGCAAUUGCCAGACAAUUGGACUCGGGAGCGUUUCCGAGUGGUGCAUCUGAAGCCGUAUCUUCAGCCGGGUGCCACCGUGGCCCUGCGCUGUCCACAUCACGGCCGCUACAUUAUGAUGUAUGCAGGUGCGCCAAGCACCCUUCUUCUGGCCAGGGACAACCAGACUCAAAACGACACCUGGGUAGGUGGAGGAGGCUUCGGAAACAUCCACAACCACAUCAAGAACAGCCCCGCAGUUCAGCAGGUCAACGAGGCGGCCCGCAAAGCGCAGGAAGCAGCCGAGGCCGAAGCGGCCCGGCAGCGCGCCCUCUUGGGGAGUAUCGGCCGAAGCCCUGAGAGGGGAGAGGAGGGUAUUCCCGAUGACUGGACCUGGGAGCGAUUCACGGUUAUUGACGCCGGGAAUGGGCAGGUUGCCUUCCACAGCAGCAUCCGCAACCGAUACCUGAAGAUGGAUGGUGAUCGGAUGCUCGUCAGCUCCCCCAAAGCUCCCGACAGAUUCCCCUCCGAUUGGACGUACGAGCGCUUCACGGUUCUCUACGAUGGUCUCGGGAAGUUCAUGUUCCACAACUCGAAGCACAACCGCAUGAUCAGGAUGACGGGUGAGAAGGUGGAUGCGAGUUCUGAGAUGAACCCGCAGGAUGUUCCGGGUGGUUGGACGUCGGAGCGCUUCCAGAUCGUGCCCGCAAGGCCUUACUUGCAGCCGGGGACCGUGGUGGCCCUCCAUUGCGCUGUGCACAAUCGCUAUGUCUCCAUGAGUGGGGCUGCACUCCAGCGGAGUGGGGAGAGGGGGGUAGACGACUUGCCUGGCGACUGGACAUCGGAGCGCUUCACCGUGGUGGAUGCCGGCAACGGUCAGGUCGCCUUCCACAACGCCGCCCACAACCGAUUCCUGGAGAUGAGGCCCCAUGCAAAGAUGGGAUGCUCCAAUCCCCACGCCGUGUCUGAUCUGCAGGACUGGUGGACCUGGCAGCGCUUCACCGUCGUGCCUGCCGGUAACGGCCAGUUCGUGUUCCACAACACUCUCCACAAUCGCAUGAUCCGGAUGACCGACCACAUCAUGGAUGCCAGCGGCGAGAAGUCUCCACAGGACCUGCCAUCUGGCUGGACCUCGGAGCGCUUUCGCAUCGUGCGGGUCUCCGAGGCCAGUGAGACAGCCCAAAAUGUACGCGCGACCUUCGACUGA